AUGGAAAAGCAUAAACGUGUGCUAAGACCAUACAAAACCAUGUAUGAGAUAAUUAAUAUGUACUUAAAUCAAUCAUCGCCUGAUUAUCAUGAAGCUCUAGCUGAAAACCCUCGACAAUUUUCUGCUUAUCUAAAUGACCCAACACACCACGACAACAUUAUUUUAAGUGAAAAUAGUCUUCGACAAAAUCUUCUACAUACUUGUUGCAAAUAUAACAGAUAUCAAGCUAUCAUACCCCUUAUUCGACUGGGUUGCAAUCCAGCCAAACAGGACUAUGAUGGACGUACACCUCUUCAUUUGGCCAUACAAUUAAAAGCUGGCAAGUGCAUACAACAAUUUUUACAACUGCUGCGACAGGAGAGCAAUCCAGAGCUAAUAGAAAAUCUUAAAGGAAUGUUUAAACCCUACAAUAACAUAGGACAAACUAUUGUGCAUCAGGCUGUGUUGCAACGUAAAAUACACAUCGUAAAAGAGCUCUUACAAUUUUGCAAUAGAAACAAUAUAAACGUUUUGGAAAUGGAGGUAUUGGGUAGUGGAAAAUCUCUGCUACAUUUGGCUGUUGACAAUCAGGACUAUGAAAUGCAAACGGUAAUUGUCAUGUCAGUGCCGAAAAGUAUACAUGUGGCAAAUUAUGCUGGGUCAUUGCCUUUUGAAGAAAGAGAAGAUUUGCAAAGAAUUCUGAGCGAUGUGGAGAAAAUGAAAAGUGAUAAAGCUUUAACCGAUAUCUCUCAAGAAGUAGAUGAUAUUGAGCAGAAAGCUACAUAA